AUGGGCAAAACAUUGCUGUGGCUGCUGGCCUCUCUGGCCUUUGCCUCACUGACUUCUUUUUGUAAUGGAGAGUCAAUCAAUGUCUUGUCUGCCCCCAACUUGCUUCGAGUUGGAACAGAAGAAAGCAUCUUGGUUGAAUGUCACGGUUGCAGUGGUGCCCCCUUUAACGUUGAGAUCAGAGUGUUCAACCACCCGACCAAAACCAGAGAGCUGGCCAGGACAUCUGUGACCCUUAACAGUGGCAACAAAUUCCAGCAGCUUGGAAAAAUAACUAUACCAGCUGAAGACUUCAGCAAGGACCCCGCUAUGAAACAAAAUGUUUACCUGCGAGCGACGUUUCCUGACAAUGAGCUGGAGAAAGUUGUCCUGGUGUCCCUCCAGUCUGGAUACAUCUUCAUACAGACUGACAAGACCCUGUACACCCCCAACAGCAAAGUUAAUUACAGGAUAUUUGCAUUGACGCCACAAAUGAAGGCCAUGGAAAAAAAAGAACAAAUUCAAAAUGCAGAUACCAUUGUCAUUGAGAUUGAGACUUCUAAAGGCAUCAUCGUACCAAUCACAGAAAUAGCUGCAGACGGUGGUGUCUUUUCUGGCGUAUACCCACUUGGUGAAAUUGUUAGUCCUGGAAUGUGGAAAGUGGUGACAAAGUUCCAAAGCAACCCACAGCAAAGGUUCUCUGCAGAGUUUGAGGUCAAGGAAUAUGUGCUUCCCAGCUUUGAGGUUAAACUGUCAUCCGAGAAGCCCUUCUUCUAUGUGGACAGUGAAGACCUUACCAUCAACAUUAAAGCUAUGUAUUUGUUUGGAGAAGAAGUCGAUGGGACGGCCUAUGUUGUGUUUGGAAUUAUGGAGAACGGUGUGAAGAAGAGCCUCCCUCACUCUCUGUCAAGAGUGCCGGUCCAAAAUGGAGAAGGACGGGCCACACUGAGAAGGGAACAGAUCACUCAGACUUUUACAGAUAUCAAUAGUCUUGUGGGCACCUCCAUAUAUGUGGCUGUCAGUGUGCUGACAGAGAGCAGAAGUGAAAUGGUGGAGGCGGAGAUAAGAGGGAUCCAGAUCGUCACAUCCCCCUACAGAAUCAGUUUUAAAAAAACUCCAAAAUAUUUCAAAUCAGGAUUGUACUUUGACGUUACGGUUGAAGUGGUGAAUCCUGAUGACAGUCCAGCUGUAGGUAUUCCAGUGGUGCUCAGUCCUGGUGGAGCAACGACCAACACAGCAGCCAGUGGCAUUGCAAGAUUUGUUGUCAAUACAAAAACAACACAAAGCAAUUUAACAAUCAUUGCAAAGACAAAUGAACCUUUGAUUACAAAUGAAAGACAAGCAUCAGCCAGUAUGACAGCUUCCUCUUUUACCACUGGCAGCAACAAUUACAUCCACAUAAGCAUUCGGAUAGCUGAGGUGAAAGUAGGAGACGAUCUGAACAUUGACAUCAGGAUCAAUAAUCCACAAAGUCAAUCAAAGUACAUCACAUUCCUGAUCACAAGCAGAGGCCAACUGGUGAAGUCUGAGCGUUACCAAACAAGCAAAGAAACACAAAUUGGCCUCACACUUCCUGUCACCAAAGAGAUGUUACCAUCAUUCCGCAUCAUAGCCUACUACCAUCCAACGGAUAAUGAAGUGGUGUCAGACUCAGUUUGGGUGGAUGUAAAAGACUCCUGCAUGGGAUCGUUGACUUUAAAAUCAUCAAGAGCGGUUCCCUCCUAUGAGCCUCGCAGGAUGUUUGGUCUGGGAGUCACAGGAGAUCCUGGUGCCACAGUGGGACUGGUUGCAGUGGACAAAGGAGUCUAUGUUCUAAACAAUAAGCACCGUCUCAGCCAGAAAAAAGUGUGGGACCUUGUAGAGAAGUAUGACACCGGCUGCACGCCUGGUAGAGGAAGCAACCAUAUGAACGUGUUCUUUGAUGCUGGGCUGAUGUUUAUGUCCAGCUCCAAUUUCGAAACUCCCUACAGAAAGGAGUUGAAUUGUAAGACGUCACCCAGACAUAAGCGAGCUACAACUAUAAUGGAGGUCAGAAACACCCUGGUGAGUCAGUAUGAGAAUGAACAGCAGCGGAAAUGUUGUUUGGAUGGUAUGAAGGAAAUCCCACUUUCGUACACGUGUGAACGGAGAGCAGAGUACAUUUUGGAUGGUCAAGCCUGUGUAGAUGCCUUCCUGAACUGCUGCAAGGAGAUGAAACACCAGAUAUUCGAUAAGAAAGAAGAAAACCUUAUUUUAGCUCGCAGUGAGGAUGAUGACACUUACAUUGACAGCCAUAACAUAGUUUCUCGUACCAACUUUCCUGAAAGUUGGCUGUGGUUAAACUUCACUUUUCCACAUUGUCCUAACUGUGUGUCUACGUCGUUUACGCAUAAUGUUCCUUUGCCCGACUCAAUCACAACCUGGCAGUUAACUGGCAUCAGCCUGUCAAGAACAUCUGGAAUCUGUGUCAGUGAACCGUUGGAGGUAAUUGUCCGUAAGGAAUUCUUCAUUGAUCUCCGGCUGCCUUAUUCCGCUGUUCGUGGGGAGCAGCUAGAAAUCAAAGCAAUCCUCCACAACUACAGCCCUGAUCCCAUCUCUGCUCGAGUGGAACUAAUAGAAGAAAAGAAUGUUUGCAGUGCAGCCUACAAGCGUGGAAAGUACCGUCAGGUGGUCAGAAUUGGGCCCCAUACCACACGAUCAGUGCCUUUUGUCAUUAUUCCCAUGAAGGAAGGAGAACACAGCAUUGAGGUCAAAGCAGCUGUUCACCACUCAUCUGUUUAUGAUGGUGUUAAGAAGAUGCUGCGGGUGGUGCCUGAAGGUGUGCUGGUUCAGUCUGCUCAGACCGUAACUCUAUUUUCAACUAGAAAAGGUGUCAAUGGCAAACAAGAGGUAACUAUAAGCAGUAAUAUUUCCAUGACUGAUUUGGUGCCAAAUUCACCAACUAACACACAGGUGUUUGUGACAGGAAGAGAACAAGUUUCCGGAUUGGUGGAAAACGCCAUCAGUGGAAAUUCGAUGGGUACACUGAUUCAAGCACCUGGAGGCUGUGGAGAGCAGAACAUGAUCGGCAUGACUUUGCCUCUCAUUGCAACCAUAUAUUUGGACAAAACCAACCAGUGGGAAACUGUAGGCUUCCGUAGACGCACUGAAGCCUUAGAGCACAUAAAAACUGGCUACGGUCAUCAGUUGCAGUACAGAAAGGGUGAUGGGUCUUUUGCAGUGUGGAGUCAUCUCCCAAGUAGCAGCUGGUUGACAGCAUAUGUUGCCAAAGUGUUUGCUAUUGCUAACAGCUUGGUGGCAGUGCAAAAUGAUCACAUCUGUGGUGCUGUGACGUUUCUGAUUCUCAAUGCUCAGCAGCCUGAUGGCAUGUUUAGAGAAGUGAGAAAUGUAGAUCAUGGAGAGAUGAUUGGUGAUGUGCGUGGCAAGGAUUCAGAUGCGUCCAUGACGGCCUUUUGCCUCAUCGCUAUGCAGGAGUCACGAACAAUAUGUGCUGAAUCUGUUAGUAGUCUUCCAGCCUGUAUUGAUAAAUCAGUCAGGUACCUGGAGAAGCGUCUGCCCUCUCUCAUCAAUCCCUAUGCUGUUGCCAUAACAUCCUACGCCCUGGCCAAUCAAAACAAGCUGAACAAGGAAAUGCUACUAAGAUUUGCAUCUCCAGAUUUAUCCCACUGGCCUAUACCUGAAAAACCCAUGUUCACACUGGAGGCGACAGCUUAUGCUCUCCUGGCUCUGGUCAAGGCAAAGGCCUUUGAAGAUGCAAAACCUGUUGUUAGAUGGUUUAACCAGCAACAGUUUGUUGGUGGAGGCUAUGGAUCAACUCAGGCUACUAUAAUGGUGUACCAGGCAUUGACAGAGUAUUGGACCUACGCCAAAGAACCGGACUAUGAUCUGAAUGUGGACAUUUUGUUGCCGGGCAGAUCAAAUCCUGACAAGUACAACUUUAAAAUGGAAAAUCACUAUGUCACAAGAACAUCUAAAGUUAAUGGCAUAAACCAAGCUGUGAAGGUGAUCACAAAUGGAACAGGAGAAGCAACUGUUAAAAUGGUCUCGCUGUAUUAUGCCAUUCCUGGAGUAAAGAAAAGUGACUGCCAGAAGUUUAAUAUGUCAGUGACGCUAAUCCCAGAGAACAUGGCCGAGGAUGAAAGGACAUACAAGCUUAAAAUAGAGGUUUUGUAUUUGGAUAAGGAAAGAGACUCCACCAUGUCGAUCUUAGACAUCAGCUUGCUAACUGGCUUCACGGUUAACACGGGCGACCUGGACUUGUUGUCUACAGGACCUGCCCGCACCAUCGACAGAUAUGAAAUGAACAGAGUUUUGUCAGAGAGAGGCUCUCUUAUCAUCUACUUGAACAGGGUUUCUCACAUACGACCAGAGGAGGUUGCGUUUAGGAUCCAUCAAACAUUUAAAGUGGGCGUCCUACAGCCAGCAGCUGUAUCUGUUUAUGAGUAUUACGAAAAACAACCAUGUGUAAAAUUUUACCAUCCAGAGAGGGCGGAUGGACAGAUGCUGCAGCUCUGUAAAGAUUAUGAAUGCAGGUGUGCAGAAGAGAACUGCAGUAUGCAGAAGAGCAGCAACAUUAACAAUGAUGAGCGGACAGCUAAGAUUUGUGAAAGCACAGAGAUCAGUAAAAUUGAAUACGCCUACAAAGUUAUGGUGGAAGGCAUUGAAUUUGGAUUGUCUACAGACUCUUACAUCAUGCGGAUAGUUGAGGUCAUCAAACACGGAAAUAUUGAUGUCGGUUCUACUGGUAAAUUGCGCACAUUCCUGAGUUAUCAGCACUGCAGAAAAGCUUUAAAUCUAAGAAAGGGGAAAACGUACCUUAUUAUGGGCUCAUCCAAAGAUACUCACAUAGAUGACAAACAUAACACGUUUCAGUACGUGCUCGGGGAGAGAACCUGGGUUGAGUACUGGCCAACAUCCGGAGAGUGUCAGGACGCUCAAUACCGACCCACAUGUUUGGGCAUGGAGGACAUGGUUGACAACUUCCUUAACUUUGCAUGUCUGGGAUGA